AUGGAGGGCAGGGCAGAGGUUCAGCCCGCCUCAUGGUACAGCUGGGAGCACGCCGAUGAGCACUCAGAACCUGAGCACGGGCGCGGGCUCACGCGACCCGAAUCGCCUUUGUUGAUCCACCCCACAAACGCGAAAAGUGCUAAUCGCCACCAGCGCGCCCACGCUCCCUUAUCCGUUCCUCCACCACCUGUCCAUUCCACCUCUGCCUCCGGCACCUCCCUAUCCGUAUCACACGACACAUCCGUCAUGACUGAAGAAGAGGAAGAUCUGGAGGAUUAUAGACCGGGCGGGUAUCAUCCUGUCAACAUAGGGGACGAUUUCAACGGGGGAAGAUAUAUGAUUGUGCGGAAGUUGGGUUGGGGUCAUUUCUCUACGGUCUGGCUCGCGAGAGAUAACCACACAAGUCGGCAUGUCGCGCUCAAAGUAGUCAAAUCGGACGGACAUUACACCGAAACGGCACUGGACGAGAUCCAGCUUCUCCAGCGGGUCGUCACAUCCUCGGAACGGCAUGCGGGCCGGCAUCACGUCGUCGGUCUCGUCGACAACUUCAAACAUGAGGGUCCGAACGGAAAACACGUCUGCAUGGUAUUCGAGGUGCUCGGCGAAAACCUCCUCGGACUUAUCAAGCGGUAUCAGCACCGUGGUGUCCCCCAGCACAUCGUCAAGCAGAUCGCCAAGCAGGUACUGCUCGGUCUCGACUACCUGCACACCGAGUGCAAGAUCAUCCAUACGGAUCUCAAACCGGAAAAUGUGCUUAUCUGCAUCGAGGACGUCGAGUCGGUCGUCCAGGCCGAACUGGCCUCGUGUCCAGCGGCGGUACCUACCAAACUCGUCGGUGUUCCCCCUUCGCAGGGUCGACUAGGGAAUCAGACGCCCAGGAAGGAUAGCAUCCUUGCUAGUCAGCCGUUAGCGUCCCCGAGCUCGAGCUAUGGGACGUCGCCCAUGCUUGACAAGUAUGGGUUUGGGAUGAGCAAGAUCUCGGGCGCGGGGAGCAUGGCGAAGAGCGCGGCGCAAAUGUCCUCUCAUCCCGGUUCAUCCUCCAUCUCCCUCGAACCCACCCAUUCCAACUCGGAACCACCAUCCAAUACCGCCACACCGAGCCAUACCGUCAUUGCCACACCUGCCACUACUCCGGAUAGCGGUCUCGGCCGGAACGACGAGUUACGGAUAUCCACCUCUGUUCUCUCUACCGGCUCCGCCUCGCCCCCUGUCCAGCCUCAUGAUGGUCACAGCCACAGCAAGCAGGCAUCGGCCAUAUCGGACGCUACGACCUCCCCUUCCUCCACCCACGUCAACAACCUUCAGGACCACGAGGCCCACCUCAACCCCCAUCCUUACCCGCAGGACGAGGACGGCGGGGUCGCUCCCAUCGCUGGCGAUCCCAACACCCUCCCUCCACCGUUCCCGUACGAUCCCGAAAGUCUGGAGAAGAUCACGGUCAAGAUCGCGGAUCUGGGCAACGCGUGUUGGGUCGAUCAUCACUUCACGAAUGAUAUCCAGACGAGGCAGUACCGGUGUCCGGAGAUUAUACUGGGCACAAAGUGGAAUCAGAGCGUGGAUAUUUGGAGUGCCGCAUGCCUGUUCUUUGAACUCUUGACCGGAGACUACCUGUUCGAUCCCCAACCUGGCGUCAAAUAUGACAAGGAUGAUGAUCACAUGGCGCAGGUUAUGGAGCUGUUGGGGGAGAUGCCCAAGUCGUUGGCUUUGUCGGGAAAGUACAGCCAGGAGAUGUUCACGCGGAGAGGUGAACUCCGGCACAUCUCCCGCCUCCGCUUCUGGCCACUCAUGCAAGUCCUCAAAGAGAAAUACCUCAUGGAACAAGCCGAAGCCGAACUCCUCUCCUCCUUCCUCUCGCCCAUGCUCAACUACUAUCCCGACUCACGGGCUACCGCGGGCGACAUGGCAAGACAUCCCUGGCUGAGCGGCGUGGUCGUGGAUGGGGAAAUUGAGAUGGAGAAGUUGGGCGCUGCCGGCCCAGGAGGCGCUGCUGAUGCUGCGCAGGCUGCCGCGGGCGGACCGGUGCCGUCGUCCUCGUCCUCGUCGAAUGCGGCCGGUAGUGGGAGUGGGAAGAAGGACAGUGGAGGAGCAAAGAAGAAGGGGAAGGGAGCGCUCGAGGAGGUCAUGAAGCUGGGUCCGGCGGUGAAGGGGAUGGUAGGGAUGGGGCGGAUCUAA